GUGUGGUGUGACCAAAUAAUACCUACAAAACUGUGAUGCGGUUAGAAGAGAGGACUCUUUCCACUUGCCAUCUUUGACACACCUGAGAAGUCUUGUGUGCACCUUUGGGUUGCACCUGUUUGGCUUUUCGGCCUUUGGUAAUCGUAAAGAUAUUCCACAAACAAAGCGCCUUGUAAUAGAAGAAGAGAGAGCGAUUUGGAUGUAUGGGUCAUUCUUCAAACACCCAUCGACAAACCAAUGCCUCCCCCUCCUCCAAUCCCUCAUCCGCUCCAGAUCCUCCCGCCUGGGCGCCCAGCUCCACGCUUUCCUCAUCUCCUCCGGCGUCCUCUCCUCCGCGCCUCGCCGUGGCCUCCUCCUCUCCAAGCUCGUCGUUCUGUACUCUCUCUCCGGCCAACCCUCCCGCGCGCGCCAACUGUUCGACCGAAUCUCCCGCCGGACUCCUUUCCUCUGGAACGCCCUCAUCCGCGGCCACGCCCAGUCCGGCCUCCCCCUCGACGCCCUCCGCCUCUUCGCCCGCAUGGUCUUCUCCGGCCUUUCCCCCGAUUACCUCACGUACCCCUUCGCGCUCAAGGCCUGCGCCGACCUCUCGCUGCGCCGGUUGGGUGCGCAGGUGCACGGCAAGUCUCUGGCUUCCGGGUUCGGCGCGGACGAGUACGUGCAGAACUGUCUUAUCGCCAUGUACAUGAGUUGCGGGGACACGAACGCCGCGACGAAGGUGUUCGAUCUGAUGACCGCUCGGAGCAUCGUCUCUUGGAAUACGGUGAUCGCAGGAUGCUGCCGUAAUGGGUUUGCCCGGGAGGCAUUGGCGGUGUUCGACCGCAUGAUGGAUGCUGGCGUGGGGAUCGACGAGGCUACCGUAGUGUCUGUGCUGCCCGCUUGUGCUCAUCUGAAGGAUCUGCGGAGAGGGAGGUUCGUCCAAAAGUUGGUGGACGAGGGAGGGUUCGAUGCGGACUCUAGGGUUCGGAAUUCGUUAAUCGACAUGUAUGCAAAAUGUGGGUGCUUGGAGGAGGCGAGAAGGGUGUUCGACGGCGGACAGUGCGAGAGGGAUGUCGUCGCGUGGACCGCGAUGAUAGGGGCGUAUGCCUUGCACGGACGCGAAAGCGAAGCUCUUGCUCUUUCUCGUCAGAUGCAGUCGGUGGGGGUGAGACCCAACCCGGUGACGAUGGUCUCUUUGCUCUCUGCUUGCUCCGCUUUGCCGUCGCUCGCCCAUGGCAAGUGCGUCCACGGGUCAUGCAUUAGGCUCCACCUCGAAUCGGAUAUCAUCGUGGAGACCACUCUCAUCGACAUGUACGCAAAAUGCAGCAGCACGGACUUGUACUUGAGGGUCUUCUCGAGUGGUUCGAGAAGGACGGCUACGUGGAAUGCGGUUAUUUCAGGGUGUUCGAGGAAUCGUCAAGCAGAGGAUGCUAUCAAGUACUACAGGCAAAUGCUGGCAGAAGCAGUCCGCCCGGAUUUUGCUACGGUUUUGAGCCUCCUUCCGGCUUACGCAGAGUCAGCAGACUUGAAACAAGCGGACAACCUGCAUGGUUGCUUGAUCGGAAUGGGUUUCACAGCAAGUGUGGAGGUCAUGACCGGCUUGAUCGACGUAUAUGGAAAGGCUGGCAAACUGGACGUGGCUUGGCAACUCUUCGGUGGGCUACAGGUGAAGGACUUGGUGUCUUGGAGCGCGAUCAUCGCCGGCUACGGAAUGCACGGCCACGCCAAGACCGCCAUUUGGCUCUUCGACCGGAUGGUGGAGUCGGGGGUGGCACCGAGCGAGGUUACAUUUACUUCCAUGUUUUACUCUUGCAGCCAUGCCGGGUUGGUGGACGAGGGGUUGCAGCUGUUCGAUAAAAUGUCGAACGCCCAUGGCGUGAAACCGAACGCGGAUCACUACGCUUGUGUCGUCGAUCUUCUAGGCCGAGCAGGGCGGCUGCGGGAAGCAUACGAGUUGAUCGCCGGGAUGCCGUUUGAGCCCAACCAUGCCGUGUGGGGCGCUCUCCUCGGAGCUUGUGGUAUCCAUGAGAACGUGGAGUUGGGGGAAUUAGCUGCGAAACGGUUGUUUGAGAUUGAGCCAGGGAACACGGGGAACUAUGUGCUGCUGGGGAACAUUUACGCUGCAGUUGGGAGGUGGGAAGACGUGGAGAGUGUAAGAAGCAUGAUGGUUAGAAGAGGGCUAAGGAAAGCACCUGGACGCAGCUUAGUUGAGGCGAGGAAAGUACAAGCGUAGCGUAGGCAGUUCCGCUCCUCCUCCUGUGCCGCUCUGUUCACUGUACCUGAAGGCGAAGUUAAUUUUUGAUCACUAAUGAUGAUUUGCACACAGACAAAUACUUGAAUGAAGACUUGUAAUUAC